AUGCAGAGGCGAAAGGCAACCCCUGAGGAGCUGAAACAAGGCAUGGAGCAGAUGAUGGCUGCCCAGGAAAGGUUGUCUAAAGAAGCAACUGAGGAACCCAUAGAAGAUAUUCCUGGGUCUCAUAGUGAUGUAGCUCAAGAGAAAGAGCCUAGGCUAGAAGAUGCAAAAGAGUUUCUGGAUGUUGGUUCAGAAGGAAUUGAGAUGUCAAGGGAUUUGGCACCAUCCCCGCAAGAAGGGCAGAAGGCAGAAAGGAGUUCCGCAAAGAGGUUAGAGGAUAGCCAGGGUUCGAAGCAGCCCCCAAAAACCCCAAAACGGAUCUCAGUUUCCGCCCUUGCCGCGCAGAGUGCAGAGCCCGCAGCUAGCGCUGCUCAGAAGCCUGGAGGAGACAGCGUUUCAGGCAAAGGAAAGGGAACGAAAAGAGAAGAAGAGAAAGGACAGGACAUGGCAUGUGACACUCCUGUUAGGCCACCUGUGGAGUCUCAGAUGUACACCGCAGGUUUUGAGUCAGGUCCUGAUAGAUCUCACAUGACCACACCUCUGUUUUCAGCACAGCAGCUUAGAGAAUGGGAAGAGUUGCAUAGCAGAGCACCAUGGCUUUACAGGCUCACUCCAGGCGUUCAGAGGCCUGUUUGGCUGGAAGAAGAGGAGCGAAGGUCCCGCCUGUUGCAGGAGGAAAGAGCUGAGGAAGAAGAAAGAGCGCGUCGGCUUCAGAGAGAGGCCGAAGUGAAUGAGAUGAGAAGGAGGCUUCAGUCUCUUGAAGAGGAGAACUUGCGUUUGAAGAUGGAGCGAGAGAAUUUGCGGCAGAGCAUAGCUCAGCCGAAGGGUUCUAGCUAUGGCACCCCAGAAGAUAAAGAUGCUGAAGUUUUUCCCAAGGAGGCUGAGACCACCAAAGAGGAGGCCCAGACCCCCAAGGGAGGAUCAGGUGAGGCAGAGGAUCAAAAGGAAGAGAACAGAGGGUCAGCUGGAGCUCAGCUGCCGAUGAAUGAGGAGCGUAAGCUGCAAGCAACAAUGAUGCAGAGCAUGGUGAAGCUCAUGGAGGGCAUGCAGAUUAUGCAAGCGCAGAUUUUGGACGUUCGGCGUCAGAAAGACGUUGAAGUUGUCAAGAAUGCGGCAGUAGAGUUGCCGAAGUUGCAAGAAUGGAAGGCUGAUACAGCCCCUUUGGAUUUGGCAGACUGGCUGUUGGUCGUAGAACCGGUCCUUUCCGAUCUCUCCGACAAUAGUCAGCAGUGGUGGGAGGCUAUGUUGGCUUCUGUUCGUCAAUGGUAUGCAGAACACCAAGAAAAGACACCGUUAGAGCGAGUCAAUCACAAGCCACAGGUCCCUCUUCCACUUCAAGAUCCACGCUUCCAGAGGUUGGAAAAGCGUGCAACUGCUCUUUUGAUGUCGGCCAUUCCUCCUACGCAACAAGAGGAGGUGGUGGCUUCCAAGGAGGUGAACACCGUCGGGAUUUUGUCCCGGCUCAUGCUAUGCUAUCAACCUGGAGGGCUCUCAGAAAAAGGGGCCAUUCUCACGGCCUUAGAUUCUCCGGGGGAGGCAUCAAGCUUGGCUGGAGCGGUGACUGGUCUUCGACGUUGGCUGAGAUGGCAUCGAAGGGCUGGAGAAGUUGGUGUCACCCGCUCAGAUGCGACUUUGCAGAUCAAAGGUCUUGGGCGUUUGAUGAAGCGAGUUUUGAAGGAUAACGCCGAUUUGGCGUUUAGAGUGCAACUAUCGAGAAGCAGUUUGCAAGUGGAUACAGCUCCGACUGAAGCGUCUGUGAUGACGUUUGCCAACCAUCUACUUGCGGAAGUGGAACAAAUAGCACAUCAAGACAAGAGGAGAAAGGAAGAUGCGAAGAGCAGCACAGAACCAAAGGUAAAAAGGCUGGAGGAGUUUGCUGGAGGUUCAAAAGGUGAAGGCAAGGCAUGGAGGGGAGAAGGUGCGCAGUCUUCAUCUCCAUGCAAGUUCUUUCAGUCGGAGGAGGGCUGUAAGAAGGGCAAACAAUGCACUUGGAGCCAUGUCCUGGAAGGAGACCGAAGGCGUUGCUGGACGUGUGGCUCGACAGGCCAUUUGGCUCCAGCGUGUGAUCGCCCCAGGGAGCCUCUCAGAGACCAAGGCGAGAAAGGUCAGAAGGGAGGAGAAGGCAAGGGUUUCCACAAGCCCAGUGGCAAGGCUUUGAAGAAGGGCGAGAGCCAACAGAAAGAAGGGCCUGGAGGAGAGGCUACAAGUGAGGAGUCAGCAGCAUCAGCAGAAACGAUGAAAGGUCUGUUGGAAGAAGCCAACAGGAUCUUGAAGGGCCUGUCAGCAAGGACAGGAGAAGCCGAAAGCAGGACAAAAGAUGAACGACUGACUGCCAUGCAAGGCCAGUUGGAUGAACUUCGGAAGCUGAAGGUUUUGAGGCUGUCGCGCAUAGGGAAGGAACAAGAAGCCUAUGGCCUGCUCGACAGUGGAGCAGCCAACCCUAUGCGUGGCAAAAGAAGAGGAGAAGAUCUGUCACAACUGGAAGAGGUCCAGGUGACGCUGGCCGACGGCAGUCAGGUAGGGAUGAAGAUGACGGCAUCGGGAGUCAUGGUGGUGGAAGAUGAGUGGGCCGAACCCAUUGUCCCACUUGGCCUCCUGACUAGCAAGUUAGGAUAUGUGGCGUCAUGGAAGAAAGGGCGCAUGACCCUAAGCCACCCCAUUGAUGGAAAGGUGGAGGUCUGCAUGAGAAGUGGAUGUCCUCAGGUAUCCCGGCUUGAUGCCUUGAGGAUGAUUCAGAAGCUGGAAGAGGUGGAGACGCCAAGAAUGCAGGCCCUGAAGCUUAGCCAAGAAGAGAUGUGGCUGUGGGGGUUGAUGGAAGCCCAUCCGGUACUGAGGAUGUUGCCGGAAGCCAUCAAAAGAAGAUUGGUGGUGAAGCCAGCAGAGGAUCUCAGAGGUAUCCCUGAUGCAAACCGCCGAAGAAGAAGAGUGAUGGCAGAACAGGGGUUCGUGGUUCACCUCUAUGCCGGUGAGAGUGCCGGGUACAACCUCAGCCGAGCGUUCAAAGAAGCAGGAGGAGAUGGACGAAGGCUGGUGGAAAUAGAUGUAAAGAGGGAAAACCACGAGAAGCACAGGAAAGGAGCACACGAUAUGCUCGAUGAUGAGAAUGGACCUUUUGCGUCCCUAUUGAGGAGUGCCUUGGAUGGAUCGCUGCUGGGCAUUGUCAUGGGCCCAAAUUGUAGGACGAGGUCAAUUCUUCGUCACUACCCGUUGGCAAUCCCAGGAGGAGGUCCUCGGCCGUUGAGGAGUUGGGAUCAGCCAUGGGGGAAAUCAGGUAAUACCCCAGAGGAGCAGCGAAAGGUGGAGGAUGAUGAUGUGUUGCUUUGGAGGGGACUGAUGUUGUUCAUCAUCAGGGAGGAGGUCAGGAAGGCGCUCCACAGUGACAAAAUUCCUGUCACAAGGUUGGGAUUGGAGCAGCCAGCAGAUCCAACCCACUACAUUCCCGAGGUGGUCACGCUCUGGAAGACUGAGGAAUGGGAACUGCUUCGAAGCAUGUACGACCUUAAAGCCCAGAGCUUUAAGCAGUCAGCCUGGGGAGGUCGAGCAGUGAAACCCACGACGUUUGCUGGCAACAUCACUCUGAGGCUGCCGGAGGAAGACCAAGCAGAGAGCUUUGAGGAGUCGGCAGCGAAAGCUCAGGUGAUGAACUCAGCGGAGCUGUCAAGAUGGCCGCCGGGAAUGAUGAAGGAAGUUGCCAUGAGGAUCCAGCAGGAUGUCCUUCGAGCGAAGCUGAAGGCGGCCAAGAUGUCAUGGGCAGAGCAUCUGGAAAGGGGGCACACACCGUUUCGACGUGACUGUAGAGUGUGUCAAGAAGCAUCAGCCAGAGGUCGGAUGCAUUCUAAGGUGAAGCAUCCCAGGGCAGGUGUGAUGAGCCUGGAUGUUACCAGUCCCUACAAGAAAGGGAAGGACAUCGAUGGUGAAGCCAAGUUCAUGUUGAUUGGCACCUACACCUGGCUCAGACCCCCCGAUGAGGAAGAGGCAACAGAAGUUGAUGAAGAACCAGAGCUCGAAGCCCAAGAAGAUGAGGAUCAGUGGCCAGAGAUUGAAGAUCAAGAAGCCGCACAAGAGGAAGAAGAAGAGCAGGCAGAAGCAGCAGAAGACCCCCAGGAAGAGCAACAAGCAGAACCCCCACGAGCAUUUGAGCAGCCCCCUGAACCCCCAAAGAUUGAGGUGAUGAGAAUCGGCAUUCCCAUCAAAGGGAAAACACAAGAAGCAGUCUUGAGUGGCUUCAUUGAGUUGUACCUUCAGUUGAAGGUAGAUGGUUUUCCGGUGCAUACAGUGCACACGGAUCGAGGAGGUGGAAAAAGACGAAAUCCAGGAGAGGAGAAGGAUCAGAGAGAAGAGGCCAAUCAGGGAUGGAGGACUGGAAAGCCUUUUGGGGAUCAGAAGAGAAUGAUCCAAGAAGAGGCACAGAGCGUGGAGAUGGACCAGCUGGACAACGCACUGCUCACCUUUCAGAAGAUGGACCCUUGGAAGAAGGUGAUGAAAAGGGCGGAGGGAGCAGAGCAGGAGAUUCUACAGACAAAGAUAGUCUCUCCGCAAGAGCUGGUGAAAGAUGUCCACCUCUGGGAUGAAGCCAUUAAGGCCGAGCUAGAUGCUCUCCUUAAUGCCAAGGAAGCUUUGAGGAAGAUCACUUCAGAAGAAAAGGCCAGGCUAGAGGAGAGGCAUCCCGACCUGCUCGUGGUGCCCUCGAAGUUGGUCAUCACGAGAAAGGCAGGUGGUCGCCGAAAGGUGCGGAUUGUGGCUUGUGGAAACUACGUCGAGAAGACAGAGAAAGAAGAUGUCUUUGCUAGUGGAUCAGAUUCCAUUAGCUUCCGCAUAGCACUGAAGAAGAGCUUGGAUGAGGGAUGGACAGGAGCCACAGCCGAUAUCAGAACGGCGUUUUUGAAUGCACCUCUCGGUAGGUCGGCAGAAGCUUUGGAGGGCCUAUGGAAGAAAGAAGAGCUCGAGGAGCUAGGCCAAGAAGUAGUGGUAGUUCUGGUCAAGCCACCAGCCCUGCUGAUCAAGCUCGGCUACAUCAGCCCCGAAGACUGGUGGGUCGCAGUCAAGGCGGUCUACGGGCUGAGACAGAGCCCCAAGGCUUGGGGUGACCACAGAGCCCUGGUUCAAUCCACCACGGACCCAAACGUCUGGAAGAUCGUGAAGAGGUCCGGUGGGCUGGAUGAGGAGAUGGAAGGGCUAUGUGUGGUGUAUGUUGAUGACCUGAUGGUCUUAUCCCAAGAGCACAUCGUCAAGGAGUGCCUUGAGAGGAUAUCCCGAGAGUGGGAAAUAAGCACCCCGGAAUGGCUAAACGAGGUCAAGCCAGUCAAAUUCCUGGGGAUGGAGGUCUUGAUGGGCACAAAGAGUGCUUUCAUCACACAAGAGAGCUACGUACAGGACCUCCUCAGACGAAAUGGCGAAGAGGAAGGCCAUAAGUCUGGAAUUCCGAUCUCAAAGGAUCAGGUGUUGAGGCUGGAAGAAGAAGACCACACGAAAAGCCCAGAAGACGUCAAGGCUGCACAGCGUGCCACUGGCGAGCUGAUGUGGCUUGUCACACGCAGCCGUCCAGAUUUGAUGUUUGCAUUGAGUAAGAUGUCUCAAGCCACACUGAAGAAUCCCAAAGAAGUCCUCUUGGUCGCCAAGCAGGUGUGGAAAUAUUUGAGGAAGACCAAGGCAGAAGGUCUGGAGCUGAAGGCUGGCGGUAAGGACCUUGAGGUUUAUACAGAUUCCUCCUACGGACCAGGUGGUCUCGACUCCCAAGGAACUGUAUUGGUGUUAUGGGGAAAAAGCCUCAUCAUGUGGAAAUCGGGCCGACAAGGAGCGCCUGCCCUCUCAACAGCUGAGAGUGAGCUGACAGAGGGAAUUGAUGGAAUGAUCAUGGGGGAUAGUGUGGAUGUUCUCAUUCUGGAGCUCAGCCAGGAUACAUAUGCCAAGGUGAUCAAGAUAGACAACACAGCAGCAGUGAGCUUGAUGACAGAAGCUGCUGGAAGUUGGCGCACACGCCAUCUGAGAUUGAGGGCGUCCCAUCUGCGGUGGAGGAUUGGACGAUUGGAUUGGGUGGUGGAGGCGAUCUCAGGUCAGGUGCAGAUUGCAGACAUUGGGACAAAGGCCCUCACAGCUCCGAGGUUAGAGGAGUUGAAGCAGAUGAUGGGCAUGAAGCAGAGAAGAGAUGAUCAAGAGGAGGAGAGGCAGGAGCAGAAGGAUUCAGGAUCGAGCCAGCACAUGAAGAAAGGAGCAGAGGAGACAGGGCUUCAGGAGGCAGGAGCAGAGGUUGAGAGGAUUUUGAGGAUGCUCAUCCUCCUCUGCAGCGUCCAACAGGCCAAAGCUCAAGAACAGGAAGAGGAGGAGGGUUGGAGCUCUUUAGCUCAACUUGUAGCUCUGACGGUGUUUGCCAUGAUCGGCGUCACGACAUGCAUAGGCUGGAUGGUGAGGUUGAUGACCCCAGUGAGGAGGAGCUUGGAAGAAGAAGAAUUGAAGAAGAGAGUGAAAGAAGCACUCUCGGCACACUCGAGCCAGAGGGGCGCGAGUCGCGCACAGGAGUCAAGCCAUGGAAGGGCGACUCCGACGAGGAAGGAGCAGGGCCAUGAGGAUGAAGGAGGAAGACAGCAGCAGACGGCAGCCAGCUCAACAUCUGGAGUUCACACACCAGAGGAGCCAGCAUCUAGUUCUCAAGCAGUCCCCCCAUCCCAGAUCUCCGUGAAGGCUCCGCCACCAAUUACCAAACAAGCUCCGCUACCAGCACCAGCCAGCACCCAACACCAGAGAACAGUGCCAACUAUGAGCGGGAACACAUGGACCCCGGGAGAAGAAAGAGGCCAGAGGGCGGUGAGAGGAAGCAUCCUAUCACCAAUUUUUGUGACUCCAUGGGGUGCCCGCUAUCAUGAAUACACAAGUUGUCCUACUUUGGCCAACACAAAGAGAUUUGUGCCGUGUCAGUGGUGCGAUGUUUGCGCCCCACUCGGAAAGACUGGAGACCAACCGGUGUACACGUGUGGACCGGGUUCGAAAGCGCACUACGAUUCCGACUGCGUUGCGAUGACUGACUCUGGAAGAAAGUAUCAGAAAUGUCAGCGCUGCGUGGAUGCGACUUAG